AUGGCACCAAAGUCAUUCCACACAGUCGCUCUCACGCCCGUCAUCUUGGGCCUCAAGAAUGCGGCUGCAGUGAUUCGCAAAGGCGAAGCGCACGCCAAAGAUAACAAUGUCGACCCAACUGAGUACCUUAGCGCACGUCUCUACCCCGACAUGGGCGACUUCUGCUACCAGAUCUAUCGCUUCACCGACACAGCCAGGUAUAUCGUAGAACGCUCAAACCCAUCAGUUCCUACUCUCAGCCUCCCGGACGUGGAAAUUACGUUUCCUGAUCUGCUCGCACGAGUUCACAAAACGCUCGAGUACGUCGAGAGCAUCGAAGCCAAAGCUCUUGAUGGUAGAGAGGAUGAUGAAGUUGUGCUUCAACUGGGGAAGCAACUACCAAAGGGUCCCUUCGAAGUCAGGUUCACUGCUUUCGAGUAUGUCCUUCAACAAGCUCACCCCAACUUCUGGUUCCACGUCACGACCAUGUACGGCAUUCUCAGACAUAGUGGUGUUCCACUAGGAAAGUUGGAUUAUUCCAACGGGGCAGGACUGAUACCUAUCAAGUGGCUGGGACUGAACACCACGUAA